AUGACAAUAAGAUCUAAUGCUGGAAAAUCGUCAUCAUCACUUUCAUUGAGUACUAGUCCACUACCAAUUAAUUCAUCAAUAUUAACUCAACAAUUUGCAGACAUUAUUCGACGUUAUAAAUAUUAUUGUCAACAUAUUCAACGAUUACGAAAAGAAACAGAUAAAUCUUACAAUGAAAUAAAUGAUACACGUGUUCUUGCACAAGACAAAAUUUCUAAUAUAUCUGUAUCAAAAUCUGAUGGUGAAUAUCUUGAUGCAUUAAAAACACGUCCAUUAGCACUUAUUAUUUGUUCACAAAGUUAUAAUGGAAAAUCACGUUUUGUUAAUGAAUUAUUAAAUGAACAAUUAUUACCUGAAUCACCAUUAAUCGAUAAAAAUGAUGUCGUACGAAUGGUUCGAAUCAAGAAUCAUUCAGUACGCGGUGCUAGUUUAAAUAUAUCCGGUUCAUUCGAACUUAUAAAUGCUGAUAUUAUGUAUAAACCUGUAUCAUGGGCAACAGUACCUCGUGAUGAUUUAAUUGUAAAUGGGACUAAUGAGUAUCAUCCAUUAUCGGAUGAUGAAAAUUCAAAUGAUGAUAAUGAACAACAAGAAACAGCAUCACUUGAAAUACGUAAACCAUUGGAAUUACUUAGUGAUGAUUUACAAAUAGUUAUAACACCAAGUAAUCAAAAAUUAAAUAUGAGACAAAUUUAUACACAAAUAACGGAAAAUAUUGUACCAAUAUUUAUUUAUAUUAUUGAUCAAGAAAUCUUAUCAGAAAAUGAUAUUGAUGAAUUAAGAUUAUUUCGUUCUAUUGUACCUAAUGAACCUAUUUUAUUUAUUCGUAUUGAUCAAUCUGAUAAUUCAUCGAGUACGAGUGAAGCACCAUGUGUUCAAACUUUCAGGCAAUUAUGUGACCUUGGUUUUCUUUCAUUUUUGAGCACAGAAUCUAAUGAUAAUACAUCAGACACAACACCUCUUUUUCAAAGUGAUAUGAUUGAUAAUGGUUUAAUUAAUUUUACACUUUUUCUUAAUUAUAUUCUUAAACAUAUUGAUCGAUUAACUAUUCGAGCUGUGAGCAUUUUACAACGAUCACAUGAACUUUGUUUAGAUCUUUUUAAUGAUAGUGCUUUUGAUAUGGCUAGAGAUAUACUUAUCACACCUAAACGCUUAAGUUAUGCACGUGAAAAAGAAAAAAAUCUUUAUGAAUCAUUAGUUGCAUUAACAAAUUCAAAACAAAAUGAAAUUCAAAAAAUAAUUUUACAAGCUGUUGAUGAAAUGCAUGAAGUCCUAACAGAUGAAGCUUGUUCACUUGAAAUUCCAGGUAUCGAACUUACUGAUCAAUUAACUGUAAAACAUGCACGAGAUUUAAAAAAAUGUACAAGUGUUAUACAAGAACAAAUUCUUGUACGAUUAAAUGAAACUAUAGCAAAUAAAUUAUUAGAUUCAAUUAAUGUUUUACAUGAUAAUUAUGUUGGAACAUUAACACGUUGUCUUUUUAGUUUAGAAAGUAAUAAAGAUGAUGAUGAAUCAGAAUUAUCAGCAAGUAAAGCACUUCAAGAGAUCCUUCAUUCUGCAUAUGAAGUCAAUCUAUCAUUACCAACUAAUUCAAAUUUAUUUCAAAUAUUAAUUGAUAGAAUGAAAGAGCUUUUUCGAACAUUUAGUUGGAAUAAUUUUCCACGUAUUGAUCCAGAAUUUAAACGUUCUGUUGCACUUAAUAUAUUAAAUAGUCUUAGUGAAGCGAAAUUAGCAAAAAGUGUUUGUACACAAUUAAAUGAUCGUAUACGUAUGUCACAUGAUAAUUUUGAAACAUUACUUAAACAACUUGAACAUCGUCAUUCGGAUCGUCUUAAAACAACAGAAGAUAAACAACAACGUGUCAGAAAAGAAUGUACACCAAAAAUAGCUCGAUUAUUACUUGAAAGUACAUCAUUAAAAGAUCUUAUUCAAUAUGGUUUACCAAAACAAGGACGUGAAAUUGGACGUGGACAAUAUGGUGUUGUUUAUGAAUGUAAAAAUUGGGCUAAUCAUCAAUCAUGUGUUAUAAAGUCUGUUGUACCACCUGAUGAUCGACAUUGGAAUGAUCUUGCUUUAGAAUUUCAUUAUUUAAGACGAAUUCCAGAACAUCCAAGAAUUGUUAAAUUACUUGGAUCAGUUAUUGAUUAUAAUGAUAGUGAUCAAACACCAGUAUUACUUGUUAUGGAAAGACUUAGACGUGAUUUGUAUGUUGCUUUAAAAAAUCGACUCGAAUUUUCAGUUAGAAUGCGUGUUGCUUUGGAUGUUGUGGAAGGUUUAAGAUAUUUACAUGGUUUAGGUCUUGUACAUCGUGAUAUUAAAUUAAAAAAUGUCUUGUUAGAUGAAGUUAAUCGUGCUCGUAUUACUGAUCUUGGUUUUUGUAAACCAGAAGUUAUGAUGAGUGGUUCUCUAGUUGGAACUCCGAUUCAUAUGGCACCUGAGUUAUUUACAUUAAAAUAUGAUCAUACAGUUGAUAUUUAUGCAUUUGGUAUAUUAUUUUGGUAUAUAUGUUCAAAUGGUGUUAAAUUACCAACAAAUUUUGAUGUUUGUUCAUCAAAAGAUAUACUUUGGUCAGCAGUAAAAAAAGGUGUACGACCAGAACGUUUAAUGGAUUUUAGUGAUGAAUGUUGGUCAAUAAUGACAAAAUGUUGGGAUACUCAACCAUCGCAAAGACCUUAUUUAGGUGAAGUUCAAGAAAAAAUUGAGCAAAUUCUUAAUAAUACAAGAACAACAUCUGUUUGA